UACGUGACAAAAGUCACAAGCGCUCCCAACUGUGCCAUGCCGUAGCUAGCACCACCGGGCUAGAGAAACCGGACGAUCGCCGUAUGGUUCCACCACUCCGGAAUCAACUUCCUAUAAGCCCCAAGAUCACCCAGAGCGGAUGGCAAGGGAUACCCCGCUCGGCGCCGGCGCGAUGAGCGGCCUCAUGGACUGGCACGCCUGGCUCUCGUCGGCGCGGCUGGAGCCGACGCUGGUGAACGAGUACGCGCUGGUGCUGGCACGCAACGAGCUGGAGGCCGGCGACGCCGCCUACUUCGACCACGAGUUCCUCCGCUGCAUGGGCAUCUCCGUCGCCAAGCACCGCCUCGAGAUCCUCAAGCUCGCGCGCCCCCGCUUCCUCCGCCGCUCCUCCUCCGCCGCCACCGCCGCGUCGCUGUCCCGGAUCCUCGCUGCCGUCGACCGCGCCGCCAGGUACCUGCGCUCGAUCGUCCGCCGACGCGGGGAGUCGUCGUCCUCGGCGGCGCUCGUGCUGGUCCCAUGCCAGCAGCAGCCCGACGGCGUCGACUUCGUACGCGCGAGCUCCAGCUACGGCUAUUGCAAGGCGCCGAAGCGAACCAGGUCCAAGCCCAAGGCUGCCGCGGCUGCUGCACCACCGAGGGCCGGCGGAUGCAGGGGCGCCGCGACGGUGCACGCCAUGAAGGACAUCGACAGCGGCGGCGAGGAGACGGUCAAGUGGGACCGCAUGUUCCAGGACCUUAACCCCAACUGAUCGAUGCCGCGAUCGAGUGAUGGAUCAAGCCGCCAUUGAUUGGAGGUGGAGUACUAUCUGGUAUGAAAUGCUUGUUACUGCUAUCCGUACACGUACGUACGUGCGCUCGCGCUCAGAGCGUGGCUGUAAAACUACUACUACUACCUUCGUUUUAAAAUGUUUUAAAAGCUUUCAUAUCCUCGACCUGAAUGUAUCAACUAUUAUGGGGUACAUCUGUUAAUCAGUGUAAGUGCCCGUUAUGUGA